AACCUUUUUAAAACCUCUACCCCAUUUCUGUUGAUAAGUCUUCCUGUCGAGAUUGUUGAAAGUCGUAAUUUUUUAUUAAACAAAUUUUGAAUUAUUUUAACAUUUUCAAUUAUACGAAUAAAUACAAAUUAAACGGAAGUUUGUGGGGUUGAAAACAGGUCGAAGUGGCGAUUGGAAAUGAUCGUUUGGCUGGUUGUGCUCGUCCUGGUGGGCAGGGCGACGUCGGAUGUUCGGUCGACAAACCUCUGCGUCCUCAAUGACGUCAAAAAUGCCGAAAAGAUGAAAAUGAUGAACGAAAUCAACCUGCUCAACAACGAAAGGUUUGUCGUAACAUCAAAUGAUUACACAUACGUUGUCACUAUGUGCAACUCUGCUUCAAAGGAGGCGGAAGGUAACGCUAAUGUUAUAAGGACAAAGGUUCCGGAGCAUAACGUCACCGUACUUGGCCGGUACAACAACACAGACAUCGUCGGAAGGGACGAAUGGCGCAUAAUGACCUUCGCAGAUGGUGAUGUGAUCCGCGAAAGCUCAACGUGCAACGGUACUAAGUGGAAAACGCUUGUCAUACUCACGUGCGACCCUGACGUCUCAAUGCUUGAACUGAUUGACCCAUUAAACGUCGGCUGCGUCUCCAUCUUCCUUCUCAAGACAAGCAUUGUCUGCCAUCCUUCUCAGAGCGUCGGAGUUAUCAUAUUUUAUCUGUUAGAUUUUAUACCUUUUUAUCAAAGUUCUGGUUUUAAUAUUGUGCUAUUUCCUUAUCGGGAUGGCUUACAAACGAUUUGUGACGGGCGCCAAAGGUCUUGAGCAGAUACCAAACUACAACUUUUGGCGGGACCCCACCGCCUGGGCACAGGAUUUAAUCGGGAAGCAGGAAAGGCGCAGCGAGCCAUGGCAGCGUGUCAGCGCCGACGCAGCUGAUGAGCCUCUCCUCCACCCAUAGCCCGCGGCCCAGCAGGCCUAGGAGGAGGAGCCCGAGGGGGAGACGGCGGUUCUACCUGUCAGUUCAACAUGCAUCGAAGUAAACAGGGCACAGCUUCAGAACCGGUUCACGACCGUCUUCCUCAACUAACCAAUCCCCGAAAGGCGGAAAAAAAAUCUAUGUUCGUUAAAAAGUCUAGUCUCCGCCUUUAAACCAAAAAAAUAUCGAGAAAUAAUAGAAAGUUGAGGGAAGGGUAAACAAGUUAUUUUUUAUAAAAUUUUCAAGAUUUUUGAAGUAAAUCAGAAAUUUGCCUAAAAUCUGAAGUUUAGCCAAUUUUUGGAACUUUUUAAGUGUAAUUUUCCCCUUGAAACGUUACCAAAGCGUCCAGAUUAAAAAUAAAAAUAAUAAUAUUUUUAUAAAUGACUUAGUGGGAGUAUAAACAAUAUAGCGUACCGUUGGCGAUGUUUUUGCUUAGAAAAACAAACCUAACACAUCGGCAUUUUUAUUAUUAUUGUUUCUGUGUCAUAAUGUGUAUAAAUACAUGAGUCAUUAUAUUAA